AGCCUAUUUUGUGAGAACCCUGGAGAUUUGACGGGAAGCCGCGUGCGAGAUGUCUAGCCAGAGCCAGGUGUCCAUGACAGCAAUGACUGAACCAGGUCUUGCCUUUGUCGCACCCUCCAUGACUCAUCAGAUGACGCGCCGUGCGAAGCCAAGCAUCACACAACGCUCUGCUGAGAAUGAGUCAAAGACACUAUCGUCUGCAGCCGUGAUGGGCGGCUCUUUGCUGGGCUUGACAGCAAGCAUGGCGCGUAGCUCCAAGCGCUCCAAGCGCUCUAGCCUCCAGGUGGCCACUGCAGAUGUGCAGACCUUGAAUGCGCCGGACGGAGAGGAUGAGAUGAUGGCCCAGGAAAUCGCGGGCGUCUCCGGCGGCUUCGGCGGCUACACGCAGUCGAACGUGGCAUCGCGGCGCGUGGUGCCUACGGAGGAGCAGCGGAAGGGCCGCCAGUUCAUGAAAGUGGUCUACGUGGUUUUGGAGUCACAGUAUCAAUCGGCCAUGACCACAGCCAUCCGACAGAUCAACAAGACCCCGGGCCCCGUUUGCAUGGAGUGCGUGGGAUAUCUGCUGGAGGAGAUCCGCAGCCCGGAGAGUGAGGAGGAAUUGGCCAAGGACUUAGAUGAUGCCAACGUGUUCAUUUGCUCCUUGAUCUUCGUCCAGGAACUGGCGGAGAAGUUGGUGAAGAUCGUGGAGCCCCGGCGGGAACACUUGGACGCUUGCCUUUGCUUCCCCUCCAUGCCGGAGGUCAUGAAGCAGAACAAACUGGGAACCUUCGACUUGACCCAGAUUGCUGGCGGCCCCUUGGGCAGCUUUGCGCAGCAGGUGAAGGACCUGAGGCAGAAGUCUUUGUCGAACAAGCCCGCCUCCGGCGGCAACUUCCAGGACAGCCUCCUGAAGUUGGUGCGAACACUUCCAAAGGUCUUAAAGUUCCUUCCUGGCGACCAGGCCAAAGAUGCCAGGACCUUUGUGCUUUCGCUGCAGCACUGGCUGGGCGGCACCCCUGAGAACUUGGAGGCCAUGCUCUUGCGGAUUGCCGGUGGCUAUGUGAAGGGUGUGGAGGAGAUCGAUACCGAAGCCUUGAUGGACCCGGUGGUGCUGCCGGACAUGGGCAUUUGGCAUCCGCUGGCUCCACAGAUUUUUGACACCAUGAACGACUACCGUGAGUGGUAUGACAACGUGCAUUGCCCGGCCGCGGGCAUCGCCACGGAGGCGCCCACCAUUGGCAUGGUGCUCCAAAAGUCGCACAUCGCCACCAAGGACGAUGGCCACUACGUGGGCAUGGUGCAGGAGUUGGAGCGGCGGGGUGCACGAGUGUGCUGCACUUACACCGGUGGCCUUGACUUCUCGGUGCCCGUGCAGGAGUAUCUCGCCGGCCCCACGGGGGAAGGGAUGGUCGAUGCUCUGGUGAACCUCACUGGAUUCUCCCUGGUGGGCGGCCCUGCCUCUCAAGAUGCCAAGAAGGCGAAAGAGGUCCUGAUGAAGCUGAACCGACCCUACAUGGUCAGUGUGCCGUUGGUGUUCCAGUCCUUUACCGAGUGGCAGAACAGCCAACUGGGUCUCCAUCCGGUUCAGGUGGCCUUGCAGGUCUCGCUGCCCGAGAUCGACGGCGCCAUCGAGCCGCUGAUCUUCAGCGGCCGCGAUGGCACCAGUGGCCGCUCCAUCCCCAUGCAGGACCGCAUCGGCAACCUGGCCACGCGCGCCAUGAACUGGGCAAAUCUGCGGCGCAAAUCCAACGCGGAGAAGAAGCUGAGCAUUUGCGUCUUCCAAUUCCCACCGGACAAGGGCAAUGUGGGUACGGCUGCGUAUUUGGAUGUCUUCGGCAGCAUCUAUGCGGUCAUGAAGGAGUUAAAGAAGCAGGGCUACACUGUCGAGGACAUCCCUGAGACGGUCGAAGGUUUGCAAAAGUCCAUCUUGGAAGACCCCGAGGCGGCCAUGUCCAUGUCGGAGCUCAACGUGGCCUAUCGCAUGAGUGUGGACGAGUACGAGGAGCUGUGCCCCUUCGCGCACGACCUGCGGGAGAAUUGGGGACCUCCGCCCGGGGAGCUCAACACCGACGGCCAGGACAUGCUCAUUUACGGCAAGCACUUUGGAAACAUUUUCCUGGGUGUUCAGCCCACCUUCGGCUACGAGGGAGAUCCCAUGAGGCUGCUCUUUGCGAAGUCGGCGUCGCCGCACCACGGCUUCGCCGCCUUCUACACCUACCUGGAGUUCAUCUUCAAGGCGGACGCCUUGCUGCACUUCGGAACCCAUGGCUCGUUGGAGUUCAUGCCUGGGAAGCAGGUGGGCAUGUCAGGCAGCUGCUAUCCGGACCGCUUGAUCUCGGUCAUUCCGAACCUCUAUUACUACGCUGCCAACAACCCCUCGGAGGCCACGAUCGCCAAGCGUCGCUCCUAUGCCUCGACGAUCUCCUACCUGACGCCGCCCGCGGAGAACGCCGGGCUUUACAAGGGCCUGAAAGAGCUCAGUGACUUGGUGAAGUCCUACCAGGGCUUGCGCGAGAAUGAGCAACGAGGCGCUUCCAUUGUGAACAGCAUCGUUGCGACGGCUCGUCAAUGCAAUUUGGACAAGGACAUCGAGAAUUUGCCCAGCGAGGAGGAUGACAUGGCAAAGAAGACCAUGGACGAGAGGGAUGAUGUGGUGGGCAUGGUCUACAAGCUCCUCAUGGAGAUCGAAUCCCGCGCCUUGCCCAUGGGCCUCCACCAGGUGGGAGUGCCUCCCUCGGCCGAAGAGAGCGUGGCCACCCUGGUGAACAUCGCUCAGCUGGACCGCCCUGAUAUGGGCAUCAAGAGCCUCCCCCGCAUCAUUGCUGAGAGCAGGGGCAAAGACAUUGAGGCGGUCUACAAGGGCAACAACGAUGGCAACCUGGAGGAUGUGUCCUUGGUCCAAGACAUUACCCUGGCCAGCCGCGCGGCGGUGGGCGCGCUGGUGCAGCAGUCCACCAAUGCGGAGGGGCGAGUGGAGGAGGUGAGCGCCCUGCAGGGUGUCUUUGAUUUCUUCUCCGGCGGCUCCGUGUACAAGAAGGCCCUCGCCGAGUGUGGCUUCGACUGUCCCGACGAUGACCUUAAGCCGCUCUUCGAGUACCUGCAGGUUUGCCUGGGCGAAGUGGUGCGCAACAACGAGGUGCCCACCUUGCUCAAGGCCUUGGACGGACAAUUCAUCGAGCCAGGCCCCGGUGGUGAUCCUAUCCGGAACCCCGAUGUGCUGCCCACGGGAAAGAACAUGCAUGCCUUGGACCCCAACUCGAUUCCCACCAAGGCGGCCUGCGACGUGGCCCUCGUGGUGGUCGAACGACUCCUGGAGUCGCUCACCCAGCAGCAGGGCGAGUUGCCGGAAUCCAUCGCCUUCACCUUGUGGGGCACGGACAACAUCAAGACCUAUGGCGAGAGCUUGGCUCAGGUCUUGGCCUUGGUCGGCGCCCGACCGGUACCCGACUCCCUGGGCCGCGUCAACAAGGUGGAGUUGAUCCCCUUGGAGGAGCUGGGCAGGCCACGCGUGGAUGUGGUGUGCAACUGCUCGGGUGUCUUCCGUGACUUGUUCAUCAACCAGAUGAACCUCUUGGACCGCGCCAUCAAGGCCGCGGCCGAAGCGGACGAGCCGCUGGAGCAGAACUUUGUGCGGAAGCACGCGAUGGAGCAGGCCGAGGAGCUGAACAUCUCCUUGAGACAGGCGGCCACGCGUGUCUUCUCCAACGCCGCUGGGUCGUACUCUGCUAACGUGGGUAUCGCCAUCGAGAACGGCGCCAACGUGGACGAAGAUCAGCUGCAGGAGCAGUUUGUGACCCGCAAGGGCUUCGCCUUGAGCUCCGACGCCCCCGGAGAACUGCAGGAAGCCUCCGGGCUUUUCAAGUCUGCCCUCAGCAAGGUGGAUGUGACCUUCCAGAACUUGGAUAGCAGCGAGAUCUCCUUGACGGAUGUCUCUCACUACUUCGACAACGACCCCACGAAGGUGGUGUCCAACCUUCGGAAGGACGGCAAGAAGCCUGCGUCGCUGAUCGCGGACACCACCACGGCCAACGCUCAGGUCAGAUCACUCUCCGCCCAGGUGCGUUUGGAUAGCCGCACCAAACUCCUGAACCCCAAGUUCUACGAGUCCAACCUCAACGGCGGCUACGAGGGCGUUCGAGAGAUCUCCAAGCGCAUGCGCUUCACCUUCGGCUGGAGCACCACUGCAGACGCCGUGGACAACUUUGUCUACGAGGACUGCAACACGACCUACAUCCAGGAUGAAGAAAUCAAGAACAGGAUGCUGCAGGCCAAUCCUGAUGCGCUCCGAGACAUGGUACAAACCUUUUUGGAGGCCAAUGCCAAGGGGUACUGGGACACCUCCGAGGAGAACCUGCAGAAGCUGCGGGAUGUCUACCAGGAGUGCGAGGACAAAAUCGAAGGCGUGGACUUUGCUGCAUGAGGGACGAGGGACACCUCGCAACCUGGUGCAGUCUCCACGCCUCCUGAAUGUUUGUUACUUCGCAAGUGGGGUGUGGAAGGCCGACCCAGAAGAUGUGGUGCUCAGAGCGACCCUUUGGUCGAACGAAAUCAAAUCGAAGAAAAUGAAGUAAACAGAGAUCGUCGGGGUCCUAAAACUGAGACCCAUUACGACGUAAAUUCUCCGCUGUCCAUUCUAGCUCUGGCGUCGGGGCACUGUCUCAAACUGCUGAUUACAUUCGGCCCCUGCGUGCUGGCUUAGGUCAUUCGGGGCCUGCAGGAUGGGAAUCAUUUGAGUCACCAGCAUCACCAGCAUCACCUACAAUGUCCGAUAGAACCUGUCACAUCAAUGAACCCCUUUCCGAGGAGUGCGCAUGGUCUUUCCGCAGUUGUUUUUUUGCGUUGGAAGAACCAGGUCAACCGAAACGCGUUUUGUCCGAAAGCAAACGGCUUGGG